AUGAGGUGGUUACCGUUCCUCGGGCUAGUGGCCCUACCAGCUGUUCGUGGCGUUGCUCCUACAGACUUCCUGCAGGACACCGACGCAGCGCAAUCUGGUUAUUUGCCGAAUCACAACAUAUCCCCCGCCAUUGCGAGCACAUUCGUUCUCAACUGGAAAAUAGCAUUCAAUACAAACGAAGCAUUUUAUGCCAAGCCUCUCGUUUGGACACCGCCAGGUGCUUCGAGCGAGCAAGUCAUCGUGGUCUCCAAUCAAAAUAUCAUCAGAAUUUUGGAUGGAUUGACUGGCACCGUGAUUAACCAGAGAAUCCUUGAUCCUCCUUUCCAGGCAGCCGACUCCAGCUGUGGAGAUAUCCCGUUUACCAUUGGUAUAACAGGCACACCAAUUAUUGACCCGGGUACAGAUAUCAUGUACCUUUUUUCGAAGGGAUACAAAGGAGGUGCUACUGGAUCUGGAACUCUCAACGGGCAAUAUAAGUUCUAUGCUAUCCAACUUCCUAGUCUCAACGAUGUUUUCCCCGCAGUCAUCAUCGAUGGGCACUUUGCAGACAACGACCAUACCCGUUAUUUCGUCGGCGGUACGGUACUUAACCGGCCUGGUCUAGCAAUGAUUGGGAACACGGUUAUUGGAGGCUUCGGUGGGCACUGCGAUAACUUUAAUUACACAGGCAUGCUUGUUGCUAUGAGCAAGACAAAGGGAGUCGGAGUAACUAGCAUUAUGGCAAUGGAAGCUAAUCCCGGCGCGCCUCAACCCCAACAAUUGGACUAUACGAAACAAGGUGGUGGUAAGGCUGGAAUCUGGCAGUCGGGAUUUGGAAUUGCAGCCGAUACUGCCAACAACAGAGUUUUCUUUGUCACUGGCAAUGGAGCGGGUGGAGCUGGUGACAACGGCAAGGGAACUCCAGCUAGUGGAAAGGUCCCGAUUAGUACUCUCCAGCAAGCAACUGUCGACAUGGGGUUGUCCGCCGCAGGUGUUUUCUCCCAACGGGACUACUUCGAGCCCUUCGAAUAUGCUUCUCUUGAUGGAGGGGACAUUGAUUUCGGGUCAUCUGGAGCUGCUCUCCUAGAUCCCAUUUUCUCCGGCGGAGGGGUUAAUCGAGUGGUCGUGGCAGGGGGCAAGAGUGGCAAGAUCUAUUUCAUGGACGCCGACAAUCUUGGAGGAUUUGCCAUGGGGAGCGGCGGAUCAGAUGCUGUUUUACAAACGAUCACGAGCUCGAACAAACUUUUAAGUGGUGUUGCAAGCUACCCAGCAGAAGGCGGAUAUGUCUAUUAUUGCCCUACUUCACAGGGCGGUACCGGAGCGCUUCUCACUGCCUACAAAUUUAAUGGAGGUGGAGGCAAGCCUCAAUUUACGCUUGCAGGGAAAUCUGCCAUUCAGUUCGCCGGUGUUGGAGCACCCACAGUCACCAGUCUGAAUGGACAAGCUGGGACUGGAAUUGUAUGGCUGGCAGACGUCAACAACGGCUUAGUGGCUUAUAAUGCGAUCCCAAAUGGGAAUGUCUUGUCGCCAAUCUCCAUGGGUUCCACUGGACGUCUGCAGAAGUACCAGCGCCCCUCAUUCGGCAAUGCAAGAGUGUACACCACCGAGACGAACCAAAUCUUGGGAAUAGGGCCAUCCACAACACCUGCAAUCACGUGUACACCCAGCCCAGUUGGCUUUGGAACUGUGGUCGCUGGUGUUACGAAAAAUAUCAACGUCAAAUGCACAGCUGGUGCAAAAUCCCUAACACUGAACGGAUGUUCCACCAACCUAGACGUCUUCCAAUGUUCAGGGGUGCCAGCUACCGUGGCCGCGGGCGGAUCUUUCACCAUGGUCGUUACACUCAAUCUGACCUCGGCUGCGAUCGAACUGACACGACAAAACCAUAACAUCGAUGUCAAGCCCGGUGCUAUCGCUGGCUCUCUCGCUCUCAAUGCUCCCAGUGGAAACAUCCCACUUGCUAGUCUCUCGCUGACUGGAACGGUUUCGGCUUCCGGAGGAUAUAUCGAUCUUAGCGCCGUUCAGAUCGACUUUGGUGGACUGACGAUAGGUAGCUCGUCAACAGCCACUCUGGUUGUGAAUAAUGAUGGUGCUGGAACAUUGACCUUUACCGGGUUUGCUUACCGGAGUGCCUACAAUGCCCCAUACACAAAUGUCACUACAUCUGGAAAACCCGUUGUGGUUGGAGGUGCAUUUACGGCGACGGGCUUCCCAACAAAUGGCGCCACGAUUGUAGCAGCUGGCAGCACUACGAUCACUCUCACUUUCACGCCAACCACUACCGGAUCCUCGACCUCGAUACUAACUUUCUGGUCCAACGGUGGAUGGCAGGAGGUCAUGCUGGUGGGAACAGCGUCAGCAUGCACAACGUCAUGCUCUACCACAUCAAGUACGAGUAGUUCAGUUAUCUCCUCGAGCAUUUCAUCAAGUUCCUCUGUUUCACACAGCAGCACAACGUCCUCCUCCACUGGCCCCUCCACCAUAAGCGCCACAACAACCACCUCCUCAUCUACCCUCGUCACCGUAACCUCCUCUUCCAGCACCUCAACGGCAACAGGCUACGCAUACAUGGGCUGCUUUUCAGACCUGUCAACCGGACACGCACUGCCCCUGCUCCUAGCAAACAACUCCAUCACGCCGCAAGUCUGCGGAUCUCUCGUCUCCUCUCUCGCUUCCAAACCAACACCUACCAUUUACCCCUUCUACUACGUAGAGUAUCACCGCGAAUGCUAUGCUGGGAGCAGUUUUGCAUUUGGCACGAGCGCUGUGACGAGUUUGUAUGGAAGGCACGCUUGUACGGAUAUUUGUUCUGGGAGUGUGGGGGCGACGAGCACGGGGACCGCAAUGUGUGGCGGUGCGAAGCAAUUUAAUCUUUAUGCUACGAAGAGUAGUGUGCCGUUUGCCGUGGCGACUACUGCGAGUGUGUAAUGGCUCUGGUGUUUAUUGUGCAGUUGGUUCAUGGAGAGGGAAAUUUGUAUACGAUAUACCAGUUCAGAGUUGGAAACACC